UGGAGAAAAUAAGCGACAGAUGAAUCGAUGAUGAAAAUAGUCCCUGCUGCUCUACAAUGAAAGAGGCGCAGACUCAGUUCAAAGUCUGUUUCCUGUUUUCGGUUCAGUUUCAUUUUGCCUGGUUAUUGUGUCCCGUAUCAUUUUCUCCAUUUUAAGGCAAUAUGAAGAUAGAACAUGUAUGUGAGCUGAUGUGGAUGUGAAUUCAGCAUCAUGAGUCAGUGUGAGGACAGAGAGGAGGGACUCCCUCCCUCCAAAACCACUCUGUGUGAGGAACCUGAGAGUCAGACCAAAUUUCAGAGCCCAGAGCAGCAGCACACACCAGACUCUACUGGGCCUAAACCUGGACCUGGACCUGAACCUAGCUGUGUUUCCAUGAAGAGUGACCGUUCAAUGUCUAUUCCUCUGUAUUUCAGACAAUCUGAUGAUGAGAGGAUACAACAGCAGAGAGCAGACUCUCCUGCACCCAGCUGUCUGUCCAUCAAGAGCGACUUGUCAAAGGAUGUUGUUAUUGAUUUUAAAGAACAACAACCAUCUGCUAAUCCAAUAGUCCAUCAGGAGAGCUCAGAGGUUCCCAGUGAUCAAUCUGCCCAACAGCAUCAAACACACUUGGACUCUAUAUUUAUGGUGCUGGAGGAGAACAUUGUCACUUUUGCGAAGAAUGAGCUGAAGAGGAUUCAGAGGGUUCUGAGUCCAGACUACCCAGAGUUUUUAGCAAGUCAGGGGGAGGAUGAGGAGUUGAUGGAUGAUGAGGAUGAAGAACACAGGAAGAGAAGCAGAGAUGUAUUUCUAAAGAUCACACUGAACUUCCUGAGAAGAAUGAAGCAGGAGGAGCUGGCCAACAUUCUUCAGAACAAGCUUGUUCCUGUUUGUCCACAUAAACUCAAAUCUAACCUGAAGGAGAAGUUCCAGUGUGUGUUUGAGGGGAUUUCAAAAGCAGGAAACCCGACCCUUCUGAAUCAGAUCUACACAGAGCUCUACAUCACAGAGGGAGGGACUGAGGAGGUCAAUGAGGAACAUGAGGUCAGACAUAUUGAAACAGCAUCCAGGAAAGCAGCCAGACCAGAAAAAACAAUCAGAUGUGAAGACAUCUUUAAAUCUUUACCUGGAAGAGAGCCAAUCAGAACAGUGAUGACAAAGGGAGUGGCUGGCAUUGGGAAAACAGUCCUAACACAGAAGUUCACUCUGGACUGGGCUGACGACAAAGCCAACCAGGACAUACAGUUCACAUUUCCAUUCACUUUCAGAGAGCUGAAUGUGCUGAAAGAGAAAAAGUUCAGCUUGGUGGAACUUGUUCAUCACUUCUUUACUGAAAUCAAGGAGGCAGGAAUCUGCAGGUUUGAAGAGUACCAGAUUGUGUUCAUCUUUGACGGUCUGGAUGAGUGUCGACUUCCUCUGGACUUCCAUAAUACUGAGAUCCUGACUGAUGUUACAGAGUCCGCCUCAGUGGAUGUGCUACUGAUAAACCUCAUCAGGGGGAUACUGCUUCCCUCUGCUCGCCUCUGGAUAACCACACGACCAGCAGCAGCCAAUCAGAUCCCUCCUGAGUGUGUUGACAUGGUGACAGAGAUCAGAGGGUUCACUGACCCACAGAAGGAGGAGUACUUCAGGAAGAGAUUCAGAGAUGAGGAGAAGGCCAAAAGGAUCAUCUCGCACAUCAAGACAUCGCGAAGCCUCCACAUCAUGUGCCACAUGCCAGUCUUCUGCUGGAUCACUACUACAGUUCUGGAGGAUGUGUUGAAAACCAGAGAGGGAGGAGAGCUGCCCAAGACCCUGACUGAGAUGUACAUCCACUUCCUGGUGUUUCAGUCCAAACUGAAGAACGUCAAGUAUGAUGGAGGAGCUGAGACUGAUCAACACUGGAAUAAAAAGAGCAGGAAGAUGAUUGAGUCUCUGGGAAAACUGGCUUUUGAGCAGCUGCAGAAAGGAAACCUGAUCUUCUAUGAAUCAGAUCUGACCGAGUGUGGCAUCGAUAUCAGAGCAGCCUCAGUGUACUCAGGAGUGUUCACACAGAUCUUUAAAGAGGAGAGAGGGCUGUACCAGGACAAGGUGUUCUGCUUCGUCCAUCUGAGUGUUCAGGAGUUUCUGGCUGCUCUUCAUGUCCAUCUGACCUUCAUCAGCUCUGGAGUCAAUCUGCUGUCAGAAUCAAGAUCAACCGCCCAGAAGUCUGAAGCAAGAAAAGAUGAAUCUACAGAGGCACACUUCUACCAGAAUGCUGUUGACAAGGCCUUACAGAGUCCAAAUGGACACCUGGACUUGUUCCUCCGCUUCCUCCUGGGUCUGUCAUUGCCAACCAAUCAGACUUUACUACGAGGUCUGGUGACACAGACAGGGAAUGGUUCACGAACCAAUCAGGAAACAGUCCAGUACAUCAAGAAGAAGAUCGAAGAGCCUUCUUCUGCUGAGAAAAGCAUCAACCUGUUCCACUGUCUGAAUGAACUGAAUGAUAGUUCUCUAGUGGAGCAGAUCCAACAUUACCUGAGUUCAGGAAAUUUCUCCAUGGAUGAACUCUCUCCUGCUCAGUGGUCAGCUCUGGUUUUCAUCUUACUGUCAUCAGAAAAACAUCUGGACAUGUUUGACCUGAAAAAAUUCUGUGCUUCAGAGGAGGCUCUUCUAAGGCUCCUGCCAGUCAUCAAAGUCUCUAACAAAGCUCUACUGAGUGGCUGUAACCUGUCGGAGAGAAGCUGUGAAGCUCUGUCCUCAAUCCUCAGCUCCCAAUCCUCUGGUCUGAAAGAACUGGACCUGAGUAACAACAACCUGCAAGAUUCGGGAGUGGAGCAGCUGUGUUUUGGACUGAAGAGUCCACAUUGUAAACUGGAGACUCUAAGACUGAGUGGCUGUAACCUCUCAGAGAGAAGCUGUGAAGCUCUGUCCUCAGUUCUCAAAUCUCACUCCUCUAGUCUGAGAAAGCUGGACCUGAGUAACAACAACCUGCAGGAUUUGGGAGUGAAGCUGCUAUCUCAUGGACUGGAGAGUCAACACUGUACACUAGAAACUCUCAGUCUGUCAGGCUGUCUGAUCACAGAGGAAGGCUGUAUUCUUCUGGCCUCAGCUCUGAGCACCAACCCCUCCCAUCUGAGAGAGCUAGACCUGAGCUACAAUCAUCCAGGAGAUUCAGGAGUGGAGCUGCUGUCUACUAGACUUAAGGAUCCAGACUGGAGACUGGACACGCUCAGGUUGGAGCCCGCUGGAGCCCAGUGGUUGGCACCAGGUCUGAGGAAGUAUUUCUGUGAGCUCACACUCGAUGGAAGCACAGCAAACAGAAAGAUCAAACUGUCUGACAACAACAGGAAGGUGACACGUGUGAAAGAGUAUCAGCCAUCUCCUGCUCAUCCAGACGGAUUUGACUACUGGUCUCAACUGCUGUGUAAAAAUGGGCUGACUGGUCGCUGUUACUGGGAGGUCGACUGGAGUGGAGAUGUUGAUAUAUCAGUGAGUUACAGUGGAAUCAGACGAAGAGGAAACAGUAAAGAGUGUGUGUUUGGAUGGAACGACCAAUCCUGGAGUCUGAGAUGCUCUGAGGUUCAUGGUUACUCAGUCUGGCACAAUAACAGAGAGACAUCUAUCCCCUCUGCAUCCUCCUCCUCCGCCUCGGUCUCUCGCAGAGUAGCAGUGUAUGUGGACUGUCCUGCCGGCACUCUGUCCUUCUACAGCCUCUCCUCUGACAAACUGAUCCACCUUCACACCUUCAACACCACAUUCACAGAACCUCUUUAUCCUGGAUUUGGAGUCAGGUUCUGGUUUUCUGGUUCCUCUGUGUCUCUUGUCAGAGAGAGAGUCUCCUGGAGUGAAAUUUUGAUUUCAAAGGUGGGAGGGGCACAGUUAGUGCAGUCACAAAUGCUCAAAAAUAUGAGAGAUAUUGUCCUGGUGUUCUUCGCCAUUUGGCUGCUGAGCCUAUAUAGCAAGUGGAACAGACAACAAAUAAAUGAAUUCAAUACUGCCUUCUAAAAAAAGUGCAGGGGGCAUGACAGAAGGUUUAUGCCCAGAGGAGAAACUAAAAAGUUCUAAGAAAUGAGGUUUACAGAUUUUUAAUUAAGAAAGCCAGUGUCCAUAGGAAAGACCCAGUAUCUCAAGGUCAUGGCUUUUGAUCCUCAGUGGACCACAUGAAGUUUGAAACAGUUAACUUUAACACCCCCACCCCCCCCAUUUUACUGAGAAAAUGUUUUUGGGUAAUUUGUGUGAUUUCAUCUGAGAUAUGACAUUCCAUGGCUGAGAUAAGCAAUGUAAAGUUUAAAUCAUUAUCUGUCAUGGGACCAUACUGCCAUCCAUUGACUAUGUACUAAUCCAGUAUCACCCACACAAUAUUAGGGUUUGUGAUAAUUAUUAUACUGAAGUUGUCAAUCAAUUAACGGAUUUAUUCUUUUGUUUGAUUAAUUAAUCUCUCAUGUAGUAUGUCUUAGAUUCGUGAUUAAUGUGCUGAUAUAUAAUCCACAUAUGCAUUGUUUAUUUUUGUUAUUAAUGGCAUCAAUAAAUAUCAUAUAUUAUCUUGAUUAAUGUUUUAAUUAGUAAUGGUGUGAGGCAAAUAUGUGCAUGGAAACUCCAAAUUAAAUCAUUAAAAGUCAUUAAAAGAGAAA